GAAUUUUGCAGAACCAAAUGAUUGACCGAAAAAAACACGCUGUUCCUCUUUUGAUAGUAGCUAUAGGCAGUACAGCUGUAUAGUUACAUCACAUCGCUGGCUAUCGACGCCACCAGCAGAUGGUUUUUGUGGACCCGGUCUAGAGAAGAAGCUUUCAGUAAACAACUGUACAUACCUACCAACUUAGCGUUAGUUUUGUGUUGUCUUCAUAAGUCUGGCAGUAUUUAACAUGUCGAUAGCUCGGAAUUUGGAUGUCAUCAUAUUCGGCGCGUCGGGUUUCACCGGAAAGUAUGCCAUCUUGGAGGGUGUGAAGGUUCUUGCCGGACUAAAAUGGGGAGUGGCUGGACGGAACAAGGAAAAGCUGUCAUCGACCUUGGCUGAGAUAGGACAGAAAGUGAACACUGAUCUGUCUGGGGUGCCGAUCGUGCUGGCCGAUGUCGGAAAUCAAAAGUCACUGGUACAGAUGGCACAGCAAUGUCGGGUCGUAGUCAAUUGUUGUGGCCCCUAUAGGUUGUAUGGAGAGCCAGUAAUCCAGGCGUGUUUGGAAGCUGAAACUAAUCAUGUCGAUGUUAGCGGCGAGCCACAGUUUUUGGAGGGUAUGCAGCUUAAAUAUCACGAGGCAGCGGCAGAAAAGGGAAUCUAUCUGAUCUCGGCUUGCGGUUUCGACAGCAUUCCCGCGGACAUGGGGACGGUAUUCUUGGAGCAGCAAUUUGACGGUGUGGUCAAUUCUGUUGAAGCUUAUGUAACUUCCAAAAUGAAGGGAAGGCGAGAGAUGGGUUUCAUUCACUACGGUACGUGGGCAUCUGCUGUCCAUGCUAUUGCCAACAUGGAUGAGGUAGGUAAAAUUCGGAGGGACCUCUUCAAGACUAAGCUACCGGAAAUCGAGCCUAAGCUGAAGGAAAAAUCUGCCAUUCACAAAUCCAAUGCUGGCAAAUGGUCGUUACCCUUCAUGGGUGCAGAUAGAUCGUGCGUGAUGAGAACGCAGCGAUUUUUCUACGAAACCGAAAACAAGCGACCGCUUCAAAUGAAAGCCUAUAUUUCCUUCGGAAACUUCGUAGAAGUUUGUGCAGUGUCUUUUGUAGGCGCUAUUUUUUGGUUGCUGGUGAAAUCAUCACUGGGACAAAAUCUUCUGCUCAACUAUCCCAGACUAUUCUCACUAGGAGCGGUUUCUCAUGAGGGAGCAUCUGAAGAGGCAAUGAACAAUACAUUUUUCACGUUGCAUUUCGAGGGACGCGGAUGGGAGGAAAAAUUAAGCGAUCCAAAGGAAAAAUAUUCCUAUCCUCCAAAUAAAGUGAUCCAAACAAAAGUCUCCGGAAAAAAUCCUGGCUACGGUGCAACUUGCGUGGCUCUGCUACUGUCUGCACGAACAAUUCUACAGGAGUCGGAUAAAAUGCCCGGCCGAGGUGGUUUUCUCACGCCCGGUGCCGCAUUCGCGAAAACCAACCUAAUCCAGCAACUUUGUGAAAAUGGUUUCACUUUCGAAGUGGUUUCCAAAGCCAAACUGUGAAUGCACUGCUAAAUAGGCGCACAAGUACGAUUACGGGGUGGCGCUGUUACCUAUGUGAUUGAAUAAACUUUUAAUUGUAGUUUUUGUGGCGGGAACAAAGUUAUCUCAAUGACCCAGUUGAAAGUAUCACGCAAGGUCAAAGUU